UCAGACAUAGGGAACUGGAGGAGUAGAGGUAAGGCAGUAGAUAGGAGUGCUCGCCGACUGUUCCAGGAACUGGGCAGAAGCAGUCAGACCACUCUGGUUAAGUGAGGGAAGGGGAAGAAUGGGCCAGAGUGAGGCUGAAGAGGUCAGUAGGUCUGAGUCAGGGAAGCCCAGGAGCGUCAUUUUCUUUUUUGUUUUGUUUUGUUUUGUUUGUUUUUGAGACGGAGUCUCACUCUGUCAUCCAGGCUGGAGUGCAAUGGCGCAAUUUCUGUUCACUGCAACCUCCGCCUCCCAGGCUCACGUGAUUCUCCCUCCUCAGCCUCCCGAGUAACUGGGAUUACAGGCGUCCGCCACCACACCCAGCUAAUUUUUGUAUUUUUAGUAGAAACGGGGUUUCACCAUGUUGGCCAGGCUGGUCUUGAACUCCUGACCUCAGGCGAUCCACCCACCUCGGCCUCCCAAAGUGCUGGGAUUACAGGCGUGAGCCACUGCACCUGGCCAGGAGCAUCAUUUGCUAGUGUAGCAUGGCCCCACUGUGCCAGGGCGGCCUGAGGUGUGUGCAGGAGGGGAAAGGGAAAGGUGAAGGGGCUCAGAGCCUCAGGGCUCUUCCUUUGGACAGUGGGGGAUUGUUAAAGAAUCCCAAUCUCCAGCCCUGCACGUCCUUCAGUCCCUCAGUGUUACACUUGAGUGGGCUCAUUCAAUGAGCAGGAGUUUGCUAUAAAGUUGCCAGAUGUCUUGGAAAACCAGUUGAUCUCUGGGACCAACAAGUGCCUAUCAAGCCUGUUCAUUCAAUUCUCAAAUAUUAUUAAGUACUUACCAUGAUGGGCUCUAUUCCAGGAACCGGAAAUUUACGAGUGAACAAAUGAGACCAAGACCAUGUUUCCACGGGCUUACAUUCUAGUCAUGGAGAGAAACAAGAACAAAUGUACUGUAUAAAUAACCCAUGGCGUGCCGGGCGCGGUGGCUCAUGCAUGUAAUCUCAACAAUUCAGGAGGCUGAGGCAGGAGAAUCACUUGAGGCCAGGAGUUUGAGACCAGCCAGGGCAACAUUGAGACCUUAUGCCUACGAAAAUAAAAAAACUUAGCCAGGCCUGCACCUGUAAGUGCCAGCUAAUUGGGAGGCUGAGGCAAGAGAAUCACUUGAGCCCAGGAGUUCAAGGCUACAGUGAGUUAUGAUGGCACCACUGCAUUCCAGCCUGGGCAACAGAGUGAGACCCUGUCUCUAAAAAAGUAAACAAAUAUGCCAUAGUAAUAAGUACUGUAAAGAGGAAUAAAACAAGUGCUGUUUUAUUUUAUUUUUAAAUUUUCGUAUUUUUUGUAGAGUUGGGGUUUUGCAAUGUUGCCGAGACUGGUCUUGAACUCCUGAGCUCAAGCAAUCCGCCCACCUCGGCCUCCCAAAGUGCUGGGAUACAGGCAUGAGCCGCUGCGCCUAGUCCAAAACUUGAUACUGAUGGACAUUGUGUGGGCCAGAGGCAGGGAUGGUUGGCUAUGACCCCGAACCAGAUGGCAGGAAUAACACCAAGUUCCAGGUGGCAGUGGCUGGGUCUGUGUCUGGACUUGUCACUCGGGCGCUGAUCAGUCCCUUUGACGUCAUCAAGAUCCGUUUCCAGCUUCAGCACGAGCGCCUGUCUCGCAGUGACCCCAACGCAAAGUACCAUGGCAUCCUCCAGGCCUCUAGGCAGAUUCUGCAGGAGGAGGGGCCGACAGCUUUCUGGAAAGGACACAUCCCAGCUCAGAUUCUCUCCAUAGGCUAUGGAGCUGUCCAAUUCUUGUCGUUUGAAAUGCUGACGGAGCUGGUCCACAGAGGCAGCGCGUACGACGCCCGGGAAUUCUCAGUGCACUUUGCGUGUGGUGGCCUGGCUGCCUGUAUGGCCACCCUCACUGUGCACCCCGUGGAUGUUCUGCGCACCCGCUUUGCAGCUCAGGGCGAGCCCAAGGUCUAUAAUACGCUGCGCCACGCCGUGGGGACCAUGUAUAGGAGCGAAGGCCCCCGGGUUUUCUACAAAGGCUUGGCUCCCACCUUGAUCGCCAUCUUCCCCUACGCCGGGCUGCAGUUCUCCUGCUACAGCUCCUUGAAGCACGUGUACAAGUGGGCCAUACCAGCCGAAGGAAAGAAAAAUGAGAACCUCCAAAACCUGCUUUGUGGCAGUGGAGCUGGUGUCAUCAGCAAGACCCUGACAUAUCCGCUGGACCUCUUCAAGAAGCGGCUCCAGGUUGGCGGGUUUGAGCACGCCAGGGCCGCCUUUGGCCAGGUGCGGCAAUACAAGGGCCUCAUGGAUUGUGCCAAGCAGGUGCUGCAAAAGGAAGGUGCCCUGGGCUUCUUCAAGGGCCUGUCCCCCAGCUUGCUGAAGGCUGCCCUCUCCACGGGCUUCAUGUUCUUCUGGUAUGAAUUCUUCUGUAAUGUCUUCCACUGCAUGAACAGGACAGCCAGCCAGCGCUGAGCGCAGGAAGGACCCCAGGUCUUCCCUGGAGGCAGCCUCCUGAAGGAAGGAAGAUUCAGUCUCCACUGAGAGAUGCCGCCUUGCCCUUCCCUGGGGGCCAGCUGCCCCGAGCGGGGUGGCAGCCUUGAACCCAUCUGGCUGGGACACCACCAGAAGGUCCAGGGCUCUCCCCAUGAGAGAAUCAGAGGGAAUGCAGGACGUGGUCUACGGUGAACCAAUGACACAGCGAGAAGGAGCAGGAAGUUGCUGUUUCUCCUCUGACCAGCCCACACUCCAAAGGAAACAGACGCCAUCCUACACCUGUCAGCCCUGUCCGCCAGGAGAACAGAAUGCUCCUGGUCUGGAUGGGGCUGCUGCUUGAGUGCAGAGGGCUGCGGUAGGCCCUUUGCAGGAGUCAGGUCCCUACACUUGGCCUGUUUUUCCCAACCUAUUUAAUAGACAUUAAAGCUAAACGCACAUUCCUUAUCUUA